CGCUUUGGCAGGAUAUUGCCAGGAUAAGCUGUAAUGGGUCUCCUGACGCAGUUCACUCUGCUGCUGUGGAAGAACUUCACUCUGCGGAAGAGACAAAAGGUGCGUCUGGUGGUGGAAUUGAUCUGGCCUCUGUUCCUCUUCUUCAUCCUGGUUGGGGUGCGCUCCACCAACAAUCCUGUGUUUAAAGGACAAUGUCACUACCCAAACAAAGCCAUGCCCUCGGCCGGCGUGCUGCCCUGGCUGCAGGGGAUGAUGUGCAACAUCAACAACCCCUGUCUGAACUACCCCACCCCGGGGGAGACACCGGGACAGGUCAACAACUUCAACAACUCCAUAGUUGCUGGGAUGUUAGUGGAGCUGCAGACGCUGGUGGUGAACAGAUCUAUUCUCAGCAAGGCUCUGCUGCUGGCAGACGACCUGGAGCAGUGGGACUCCGUCCUGUCCCAGACCAACACUGCUGAGGCUCGACCUGUGAUCCUGAGGAGUCUUCUGAGAGACAAUGAAACCUUCUCCGCUCAUCUGGAAGAGGACUUGUCGGUGCCUCCAUCAGUCGUCCAAAGCCUCCUGAACGCUCAGAUUAAACUCAACCCAAUGAUGAACGCCCUGCGGCCCGGCGCCCUGCAGAGCGUCCUGUGUGAGGGGACAGAUCUAGACGAGUACAUCCAGUUCAGCACCGCGUCAGAGAAGGAGGCUUUCCAAAAUGUCAGCUGCUUGCUCGAUCCUCAGCAGCUGCUCAACGCUCAGAGAGUUCUGCUGACGAACCUGGACGAAAGGAACGUUUUCUCAGAGGUGCCUGCAGCUCUGGAUCUGAAUGCAGCAGACACCGCCUCCCUGUUGGGGAAAACCACUCGAGAUGCAUUACCAGUGUUUGAGGAGGUGGCCAGGCUGCAGAGCUCCAUGAUCUUCCAGGCGGCCAGUGCAUUGGAUUUCCGAGCAGACAUGAUGGGCAGCAUCAAUAUGCUCCUGUGUGGAAAGCAGCCUGACGUCAAUAUGAGCCGCAGCUCACCUCAACUGAAGGACAACAAGGAGCCAGUCUCCAUUGCUGCGGGAAACAGCUCUGACGCUUUCUGUCAGACGCUGGUCGAGACCCUGGAAGAAAUACCUAGCCUGCGCUACAUCUGGAGCACCUUCAGGCCGCUGCUGCAGGGGAAGGUCCUCUACACCCCCGACACCCCCGCUGCACACCUCCUGGUGAAAGAGGCAAACAGCACAUUCAACGCCUUGGCCCAGCUGAGAGAGCUCGCUGAGUCCUGGGAGGAAGUCGGGCCCCGGCUCUACAGCUUCCUGCAGAACAGCUCUCAAGUCAACACAAUACGGGCGUUGCUGGGGAAUCCGGUGUUUGCCGCUGUGUUGGAUCAGCGCCUAGACAGCACGAUGUGGACGUCCAAGCAGCUCACCAACUUCCUGUACAACGGGCCCCCGGAGGACCGCCCCCCCGGCAUGCCCCCCAACGACUGGAGAAACGUUUACAACGCCACCACCGACAUCCUGAAGCUGCUCUCCAACUUCCUGGGCUGUUUGGACCUCAAUAAGUUUGAGGCGGUCCCCACUGAGAGCCGUCUGUUGAGCAGAGCGCAGGAGCUCCUGGAGAACGAGACGUACUGGGCCGGGUUGGUGUUUGAGAACCUGCAGCCCAACGCCAGCCUCCCCCCGCCCUACGUCAAGUACAAAAUCCGUAUGGACAUCGACGAGGCCGAGGGCACCACCAACAUAAAGGAAAGGUCGUGGUCUCCGGGGGCCCGGGACAACCCCCUUAACGACCUGCGCUACAUCUGGGGAGGCUUCUCCUACCUGCAGGACAUGAUGGACCACGGCAUCAUCCGGGCGCACACCCCCAGCACGCAGCCGCUUGGGGUGUUCGCGCAGCAGAUGCCCUACCCGUGCUACGUGGAUGACGGCUUCAUCCAGAACAUCGGAGGCAUCCUUCCCAUGUUCCUGGUGCUGGCCUUCAUGUACACCGUGUGCAUGAUCAUCAAAGACCUGGUGCUGGAGAAGGAGCUCCGCCUGAAGGAGGUGCUGCGCGCCGUGGGCAUUCAGAACGGCGCCCUGUGGGCCGCUACGUUCUUCGAGAACAUGGUUCUGCUCACGGUGCCAUGUGCUCUCAUAAGCAUCAUGGUGAAGUACGGUAAGGUUCUGCAGUACAGCGACCCCUCGGUGAUCUUCGUCUUCCUGCUGGUGUUCUGCCUGGCCACCGUCACGCAGUGCUUCUUCAUCAGCGUCUUCUUCUCCAAGGCUAACCUCGCUGCGGCGUGCGGCGGCCUCAUCUACUUCGUCCUCUACCUUCCGCACGUCCUCUGCUACGCCUGGAGGGACGUCAUGGGCUUCCCGGUCAAGGUGGCGGUGAGUCUGCUGUCCUGCGUGGCGUUCGGGUACGGCUGCGAGAACUUUGCGAAGUACGAGGUGCAAGGCAUCGGGAUCCAGUGGUCCAACAUCCUCCAGAGCCCGGAGGAGGGCGACAGCUACACCUUCAUCGUCUCCAUCAUCAUGAUGCUGUUCGACGCCGUCUUUUACUGGCUGCUCACCUGGUACAUCGAGAACGUCUUCCCAGGUCAGUAUGGGAUCCCGAAGCCGUGGUACUUCCCCGUCACGGCGUCGUACUGGUGCGGGACCGCCUCUGUGACGACCGCUGCCCCCCCCUCGCUGAAGGACCCCUCCGUAAACAGCGAGUAUCUGGAGAAAGCACCGCCCGAUAUGAGAGCAGGCGUCUCAAUCCGUAACCUGGUUAAAAUCUACAAGACGGGGAAGAAGCUGGCGGUGGACGGCCUCAGCAUGGACUUCUACGAGGAUCAGAUCACGUCUUUCCUCGGACACAACGGAGCCGGGAAAACCACCACCAUGUCCAUCCUGACCGGCCUGUUCCCUCCUACAUCGGGAACGGCUCUGAUCAACGGAUACGACAUCCUGUCUGACAUGGACUCCAUCAGGAAGUAUCUGGGAAUGUGUCCGCAGCACAACGUCUUGUUCAAUGACCUGACAGUGGAGGAGCAUAUCUACUUCUACGCCCGUCUGAAGGGACUCAGCCGCCAGGAGGUGCAGACGGAGAUGGAGCAGAUGAUUGAGGACGUUGGUUUACUGCACAAGAGGAAGGAUCUGGCUAAGAACCUGUCAGGCGGGAUGCAGAGGAAGCUGUCUGUGGCGAUAGCGUUUGUCGGCGGCUCAAAAAUCGUCAUCCUGGAUGAACCCACAGCGGGUGUGGACCCCUACGCCCGCAGGGGGAUCUGGGACCUGCUGCUCAAAUACAAACAAGGCCGCACCAUCAUCCUGUCCACACACCACAUGGACGAGGCGGACAUCUUGGGGGAUCGCAUCGCCAUCAUCGCCAACGGGAAGAUGCGCUGCUGCGGUUCCUCGCUCUUCCUGAAGAAGUGCUUCGGCAGCGGCUACUACCUGACGCUGGUGCGAGAGGGGAGCGUCAAGAUGGCGGCACAGAGAAACGGGAUCAUUCAGAGUCAGGUCAAGGAUGUACCGACAGUAAGAAGACCACUUUUCAACACAAAAGAGACCAAAUAUUGCAUCCUGAGGUCCUGA